UUAAGGUUUUAAAAAAUGGCAGGCUGCCAGCAAACAUUGGGCAGGAGGGAGCGCUUCUUAGCUCUACACUGGGCCCAGCCACUCCCCCGUGGCUCCCUUCCCGGCGCCGGCGCCUCCUUCCCGGGGAAAGAGGGGCGGGCGAGCGGCCGGCUUUGGGGCCCAGGAGGAAUGCUCUUGGCCCUCGGCGCCCGCCUCCUUCGCGGGGAAAAGGCCUGGUCUGCGGCUUGGAGGGCGAGGGGGCCUCACUCGCCCAGGAACAGCGUCAGGAAGAUCAUGACCAAGCACAAAAAUACAAAGCGAAUUGAAGGACUUGAUAGCAAUGUGUGGGUGGAAUUUACACAACUAGCUGCAGAUCCCUCCAUUGUGAAUCUUGGACAAGGCCUCCCAGAUAUAUCUCCUCCUGACUAUGUGAAGGAAGGAUUAGCCAAAGCAUCCUCAGUGGACAUGCUGAACCAGUACACGCGUGGCUUUGGACAUCCAUUGCUGGUGAAUGCCUUGUCUCAAGUGUAUGAAAAAGUCUGUGGAAGAAAGAUUGACCCCUUCACUGACAUCCUGGUCACAGUAGGAGCAUAUGGCUCUCUUUUUAGCGCAAUUCAAGGACUCAUCGAAGUAGAUGAUGAAGUGAUAAUAAUAGAACCCUUCUAUGACUGUUAUGAGCCCAUGGUGAAGAUGGCAGGAGGAAGACCCGUUUUUAUACCAUUGAGAUAUAAAUCUGCAGCUGCUGAUGUUGCAUCUAGUGCUGAUUGGGUUUUAGAUCCUGCUGAACUUGCAAGUAAAUUCAGUUCUAAGACCAAAGCUAUUAUACUGAAUACCCCUCACAACCCUAUAGGAAAGGUCUAUACAAAAGAAGAGCUCCAAGUAAUUGCUGAUCUCUGCAUUAAACAUGACAUCCUGUGCAUCAGCGACGAGGUCUAUGAAUGGAUGGUAUAUACUGGCAACAAACACAUCAAAAUAGCGACUUUGCCUGGCAUGUGGGACAGAACAGUAACUGUAGGAAGUGCUGGAAAAACAUACAGUGCCACUGGCUGGAAGCUUGGCUGGUCUAUUGGUCCUCAACAUCUGAUAAAGCAUUUGCAAGUUGUUCAUCAAAAUACACUCUAUACAUGUGCAACUCCGUUACAGGAGGCUCUCGCACAAGCCCUUUUGAUAGACUUGAAACGCAUGGAUGAUCCAGAGUGUUACUUCUACUCAUUGCCCAGAGAGCUGGAAGGCAAACGGGACCGAAUGGCCCAGAUGCUCCUGGGAGUUGGGCUGAAACCUGUUGUUCCUGAGGGAGGCUAUUUCAUGAUUGUUGAUGUAUCUCCACUAAAUGUGGAUCUAUCUGAUAUGGAGAAAGAUAAGCCUUAUGACAAUAAAUUUGUCAAAUGGAUGAUGAAAUCCAAGAAACUGUCAGCUAUUCCUCUGACUUCAUUUUGUGGCCUAGCAACAAAAGAUCAGUUUGAGAAAUACAUACGCUUUUGUUUCAUCAAAAGCCAGUGUGUCGGCUUCUUCCUCAUCCAAAGCCAUGGUGACAGCACUGCUUUGGAAGAAAAGAAGGAAGGAGAGGAAAGUACGCCGCCCAGCCUGCAGCCAUGCUACUGCCGCCACCACUUUGGAAGAGAGGGAAAGAGAGGAAGAGGAGGACGACACAACAUGCAGGCUCCUAACGUCCUUCCCCUGCCUGCUACUUCGGAAGAAGAGGAAGGAAGGAAAGGAAAAGGAGAAGAACACGAGGGGGCUCCUGAAGUCCCUCCCCCGCCUGCCCGCCCGCUCGCUGCCUACAGCCUUCAGAAGAAGCAGCAGCAGCCUUCCUCCUCUUGGCUGCCCGUCCCCCACCCAGAACGAGUAACCCCCGGGGGGCCCGGAUAAAUGGCUUCGGGGGCCACAUGUGGCCCGCGGGCCUUAGUUUGGGGACCCCUGCUCUAUGUUAACCUGAUGUCCUGUCCUUUGUUCCACAUUAUCAGUCCUAUUUAGACAGAUUCAACAAAAUCCUUACACAAUAUUGCUACUGGAUUUGAAAUAUCACUGUAUGCUGUUGACCAGUGACCUUGCUUGUUACUGUGAGACAGUAUAAACCACACUUUUGUGGUGUUGCCCCUGAAAAGGACAUUGUGGGAGUUGGAUCAUAAUAUAAGAAAAAAGCCCUAUUGAAGGUUGAGGGUUUGGCUGAAAUGUACAUUCCACAAACACAUUACUAUGAGCACUUCCUGCUAAAAGUACUUCAGAUUUUAAUUAUAAGGUUCAGCAAUUCUGUGUGCUGUUGCUUACGUUUACAGUGUCAUAUUAACUGGGUAUUUUAAUUGACAAGCAGGAUAGAUUUGUAAUUUCUGCCAAACUGCUGAAACAGAUUUAACAUUGCCUUCCAGUUGUAGAGGAAAUCAGGAAGUCACAAACAAGAUAGGUUCUACAGAUUUGUUCUUAAGUUGAAUUUGUAUGCAAGUUGUAACAGGUAUAUAUUUUUAGUGUAAUUCCAGGCGAAAAAUAUGUCUUUUUUAUCUUUGGCUAGCAUAGGGAAGGGUUAACACCCUGGUGGUGUUUGUUUUGCUAUCUGUGCCCCUGUUCCCAAAAUUUGACCUCGCUUUCUGUCCCUGUUAUCAUUGGAUUUUGAAAAAUGUGGCUUGUUAUGGAAACAAGGAUUGUUGAGAAAGCUUCAGUGGAGACCCCUUUUCCCCAUGAUAACUCUUCCAGGUGUGAAUUUCCUUUCCUAGUGGGAGAUUUUUUUCACUUCCUGUUGUCUCACCCCUGUUCUUAAUUAUGAGUUGUUUAUAAGUUAAAUGUUUGUAACUUGGGGAUUGCUUGUAUAUUUGAAAUGUUUUAGCAUUAAAAUUAAGUUAGAUAAUA